AUGGCGAGCAGCAGUGCGCCUGCAGCCCCAUUGUCUGAAGCAACACAGAACAGUGUGGCGGCAGCUUUCAACGCUUGGAAAGCAGAGACGUUCUUCAGCGCAUGGAAGGAGCGGGGCCGGCAGAAUGCUGUUUUGGACGCACAGAACUUGGCAUUGUCCUUGGUUAUCAAGAACCUUCAAGAACAGCGUGCGCCGCCAGGGGACGAUGUGCUGGCACCAGCGUCGUCCGCAUCUUCGGCAACAUCCUCAUCCUCAAUAUGGUCUUCUACAUCUUCAUCUUCCUCGUCAUCAAUUUCCUCACCAAUCCAGAUAGCUUCGUCAACUUCGUCUGACUCGUCUCUCACGUCUUCGCCCUCAUCAUCGUCCAUAAGAUCCACUACAUCUGCAUCAUCGACGACCCUUGCUUCACCCAUGGAACUCUCUUCCCUUGCAGACUCCUCUUCCGUCUCAGGCUCGGGGUCUUCAGCACCACGUGCUCCCUCUGCAGCUGUGGGUGACCUGGAGCCUCUGGAGCUCGAUUCUUGCAGCCACGCAGCCGCGCGCAGGGAGGAGGACCCCAUCAAGGCUGCGGUGGCGCAGUUCGAAGGCUUCUUCCGGGCAGGGCUCCUCCUCUUCGCGCUGAGUGGCUACAUCCUCUCGUUUGCCCUGGUCCUGCGCCAGCGCAGGGUGCCAUAG